AUCCGGCUCCGCCCCGCAUCCUCCUCCCGCGCGCGUGCGCCCGGGCUAACGGCGCGCGCUCGGCUAGCUCGGCAUGGCCAGGAGCUGCAGCCAUGGCAGUGCAGCACCACAUCCUCGAUUUCUGCCUGUCGGCGCCAGCUGAUGGCAGAACUGUUAUUGAAGCAUUGGAACCAAUUUUUCAGGAACAGCGAAUGAGCAAGACAAUUCACAAUUUAGGCGAAAAUGGUUUCUUGGUAACGUAUAUUUCAGAGUCUGGCAGCUUUGCCACUCUGAGAAUGUACACAGAUAAGCUUCUGACAUUUGACAUCCACAGCUAUGAAUUGGAUAACAAAGGGCGAGCAACAAUUGAAACUCUCUGUGACAAACUAGAACAGAAACUGAAAGAUCUCUUGCAGGGGAAUAUUAACAGGCUAAAAAGAUUGCCUGUAAUCAUAAGAGGUGGGACCAUUGAUAGAUAUUGGCCUACUGCAGAUGGUCGAUUGGUUGAAUAUGAUAUUGAUGAUGUUGUUUAUGAUGAAGAUUCCGCAUAUCAGAACAUCAAGAUUCUUCAUUCAAAACAGUUUGGAAAUAUUCUUAUCCUCAAUGGUGACAUCAAUUUAGGAGAAAGUGACCUCCCGUAUACACAGGCUAUAAUGGGCAGUGGAAGCGAGGACUACACAGGGAAAGAGAUUCUUAUCCUGGGAGGAGGCGAUGGUGGAAUCCUAUGUGAGCUUGUUAAGUUAAAACCAAAGAUGGUCACCAUGGUGGAAAUUGACCAAAUGGUGAUCAAUGCAUGUUGCAAACACAUGCGCAAAACCUGUGGAGAUGUUCUGGACAAUCUGAAAGGAGACUGCUAUCAGGUUUUAGUGGAAGAUUGUGUUCCAGUACUGAAGACAUAUGCUGCAGAAGGCAGGGUAUUUGAUUAUGUUAUUAAUGACCUGACAGCUGUUCCGAUCUCCACAUCUCCAGAAGAAGAAUCAACAUGGGAUUUUUUGCGACUUAUUCUUGAUCUUGCGGUGAAGGUUUUGAAACCCACUGGAAAGUAUUUCACACAGGGUAAUUGUGCAAACUUAACUGAAGCACUCGCGAUGUAUGAGAAGCAGCUGAACAAGCUCUAUUGUCCUGUGGAAUAUUCAAAGAAUGUUGUUUGUGUUCCCUCGUAUGCAGAAUUAUGGGUGUUCUACACAGUAUGGAAAAAGUAAAACCUGUCUUUUCAAAACAAAAGUUGAGUUGUAAUUUUAUGAAAAUAAAUAAAGUUCUUAAUCACAAGGAUGCCGGGGUGAAGUGCUGCAUGAUGCUUUUUAGCUUGCACCCUGGUUCAUAUUCUUUCUAAAACAAAAAAUGCUCUGUACUUAAAGUCAAAAGUGCUGGCCCAAGGGGUCUUGCAUUGUGCUGUGAUGCACAACUCUUUUCAUGAAAUGGCAACUUCUAUAUUUUGCUGCAUUUUGUUUUAUUAUUUCUGGUCAAUUAUAUUUUAAAUGGAAGUGAAAGGAAAAAGUCUUGACUCCACUGGUCUAAUGCGUAUUGCUGUAAAUGUGAACCUAGUUCUCCUGUGUGAAUGGCAAAUUCACAAUUUGUUUAGUGAUAUUUUGUUCAUCUAAGUGUUUAUCUUUGUUUGGAUUUCAACUUUCAAACUGCUACGUACACAUGUCAACCAUAAAACCUUUGGAAAUUAUUUUUUUAUUUAUUUGCUGUUUUUCUCAGAAUCAACACAAAUAAAGAGAUGUGUUGCUAUUUUAGCAAA